AUGGGCGACCCUGAUGAAAACCUCCAGCAACGGGCCUGCCUUGCCGUCGAUGCCGAGUUCCGCCUUGUGCUGCGAGGCCAUCAACACCAAUGGUCACUAUUCGUCGACCUCACGCCGGGACUGGGCGCUUGUUUCCUGGGUAGGGCCAAUAACUGGACCAUGUGUCAGCAGCACGACUUCUUCUACAUGUGCGGCUGUCGCGUCGUCGACGCGACGACCAAGAAAUGGCUCUUCGAAAUCGAGCAGUGCAAGAAGGCCCAGCGAUGGCGAAGGAAUUGCGAGAAGAUCCAGAUGGGCCUGCCGCGGUGGAAGAAAGAUACAUAUUGCGACGAUCUCGAUUGUCCAGCCUAUGACUCGUGA